CGAUGUGAAGUGAGAAGGCGGGUCUUUUUCGUUCUCGAUCAAUGUCUACUCUUCGUUUUCCCUCUAAAGUCUAGGGUUUUGAAGCUAUGCUUGGAGGGGUUUUUGGUUCCUCAGCUCAAAGCUCUCUCUCUACUUCAACCCUCCCGCCGGAGCUCAUAGGCUCAGAUAUGUCCAAUUCGCUUGCCCUCGGCAUUCCUCCUCGAGAUCCCCACCAAGAAAGACCCUGAAACCCCACCAUGUCAUUCUCCCUUUUCUCUACUCCCCAGCCCCAGCAGCAGCAGCAGUCGCUGUUCCCGGUUCAGUCCUCGCCGUUUCAGCCGAGCACCGCCACCCCUCUUUGGCACCAACAGCAGCCCCAGCAGCAACAGUUCCAACAGCCCCAGGUCCAGCAGCCUCAGCCGCAACAGCAGCAGCAACAGCAGCAACAGCAACAGCAACAGCAGCAGCAGCAGCAGCUGUAUCUGUUCACGAAUGAUAAAACACCGGCGAGCUACAGCACCAAGUGGGCGGAUCUACACCCCGAUUCCCAGAAUUGUCUUCUUCAGAUAGAGGAACGGAUACUGGAAUAUAGGGAUGAGAGCCAGAGACUCGACCAAUGUAGUAGACUUUAUGACUCUUCAGUUUUGAGUGAAGGAUUUGAGCUUGAUGCAAGUCAUGUCGUUCAGGAACUUGGGGGAAUUAGCACUUCCAUGGAGCGUCAGAAAGCAUUACUCCAUGAACUCAUGUCUUCAGUAAAAGACAUGCUGAGGAACACAGAGGUGGCUGUGCGUUCCUUUACAAUGCUACGCCCUAGGUUUGUCCACCCAAGUAGCGGUGGAGGCACCUCUUCUGCAACUGCACCAUCACAAGCUCCCGGGGCAAUGGUUGCUCCAGGCUCGAUUUCCCAAUCGGCUUCAGCCUCUAUAGUUCCGGUUUACGACUUCUACAGUGGGCUCCCUAAGAAACCAUCUCCCUUUCUUCAGCACACGGUUGAAAGGUUUGAGAAGUACCUUGGGGAGUGUCGCCAGUGGAUUGAGGAGUUAGAGCAGCUUCUCCUGUUGGAUUACUCAGGCAGGAAUGGAAUGGGUUUCGGUUCCUCCCUGGUGGACUCUCUUCCAAAGGUCAUGUCAAAUGUGCACAACUUUUUCGUUCAUGUUGCUGCUAAGGUGGAAAGCAUUCAUCAAUACAUGGAGUCCAUGAAAACCGCUUACCUGGCAGACCAACGCCGUCGAGGGGAUGGGAGCGAUCCCUUCCUCGAGGCUGACCGACGCGAAACUGCUCGACAGGAAGCUGCUGCCAAGAGGGUCCACCCGACAUUGCACCUGCCCCCAAUUCCCCAGGCCGCCUCAACACAAGCUGCAGGCUCUUUUGCCAGCUCAGCAGCUCCUGCGGGGUCCACAGCCCCGCAGGCAGCUCAAGGCGCAUCAUCCUCUAGCAGUGGGUUUUCGCUCUUUGGGACUCCCUCCUCCGCUCCUUCCAUGUCAUCUGCUUCAUUAUUUGCAACUCCUUCAGCCUCUGCUCCUGCCUCUUCCUUGUUUGGGACAGCAGGGGCUUCUCCACAGACUCCUCUCUUCAGUUCGUCUUCAGCGUCUCUAUUUGGCCCUGCCUCCACUCCCUCUAUGUUUGGUACCCCCACUCCAUCUUUUAGUUCGACUCCUGCAUUUGGAGGUUCGCUUUUCCCUACACCGUUUGCUUCAGGUGCCGCAACUGGAUCAGGUGCAAGCUUUGGGGCUACAACAAAACAAAGGCAAAGAUCUCGGACCACUAAGCGCUAGUCUGUGGCUUCUUGUAAUCCAGCCAACUCAAUUGUUCCGUUAGCUUGGAGACUUCGGAAAAUCCGCUUUACACAUUAUCUGCCUCCAAUUCUCCGUCUUAUUCCUACGUGGAAGAAUCUUGUAUCUGAGUUUGCAGAUGAGCUAACAGAGACUGUUAGUUUGACCUGCCCAAUUCUUUCCUCUCGGCUUAGUUCAAAGCAACUCUUAAAGAUGUGUUUCCCUGUAACCGGUAGAGUACUGCUUUUGCGGAUGGUAGAAAAUUGGUUGUCACUGUACGAAAGAUGAGCUCAAUUCAGUGUGGCUAGUCGUGAAUCUCACCAUUAGUCAACCGAUCUCCUCCUCUAUACCUCUGAGUAAGUCGAUAGGCGGUCCUCAUAGUUCAUAUGCCUUCAUUUUCUUCCCAAUGGCGUCCUAUGGGACGUCAGUUCUGAAAAAUACGUUUGAGCAGUUCAAGGUAGACAUUUUGGAAUGUUUCUCUCGAGUCUGGGACGUUCCAUGAAGAAUUUUUCGAAUGAAAAGUAUCUGGUUCUUCAAAUUAUUGUCCUGCAUGUAAAGAACAGUGCAAAUAUAAGCCAGUUCCAUUGGAUCGGUCUAUUGUUUUUCC